AUGAGUCCAAAUUGUUUCGAUACAAUCUCUUCAUCAGCUACUCAAUCAUCAACAACAAUCUCAUCAUCAAGUUCAUCUGUUCCACUUGUACCAUCAUCAUCAUCAACAUCAUCAUCAUCACAUACAAAUACACAUAAUACAGGUGGACAUAUUACAUCAGUUAUUAUUGGUGAUAGUGGUGUUGGAAAAUCUUCAUUAGUUGUUAGUUAUACAACAAAUGGUUUUCCAAAACAAUAUGUUCCAACUGCAUUUGAUAAUUAUUCUGUUGAUAUUUCUGUUGGUACUCAACCAGUUCAUUUUGAUAUUUGUGAUACGGGAGGAAAGGAACAAUUUUCACCAUUACAUAGCCUUUGUAUCCCAUAUAGUGAUGUAAUCUUACUUUGCUUCAGUGUUGUUAAUCCUCAAUCAUUUCAAAAUGCAAUAACAUAUUGGUUAUCUCGUGCACGUCGUUCCAAUACAAAAAUUCCAAUAAUACUUGUUGGUACACAAAUGGAUUUACGAUCUGAUUUAAAAACAUUAUUAACACUUGAUCAACAAAAAUUACAACCGGUGACUGAAAAAGAUGCACGAUUAUAUGCACAACAAAUUCAUGCAUGUACUUAUAUUGAAUGUUCAGCAUUAACAGAGAAAAACUUAAAAACUGUAUUUGAUACAGCUGUUUUAACGGCAUUAGAAUUUCGUGAAGCUAGUACAUCAUUACCACUUCCAUCAAAAUCAAUUUUACCAUUAAUUGAACAACAAAAUGAUAAACAUCGAACACGUCAUCAUACACAUUCAAAUAAAACAUGGAGGAGAUUAGUAUCAGGUUGUAUUGGUGUUUGA